GAAUUGCUCAGGAAUCCAUCUGGGUCUACCAGCGGUCCAGAAUCUGCAAUCAUGCCCCCCCUGGCCCUGAGGGUCUAGUUCGUCCCGACAGCAGCAAUCGCCCAUCGCCCUCCAAGCCACACCACCCGCAUGGUCGCUGAUCAACCCUCGAAGCCAGUCUUUUUCAGGAAUCGGGGAGAUCAUUGAGGAUGACUGAGAUCAAACGGAUUAGCCCGAUUGGGGCACAGGCUGAAGCCUGCCUAGUUCCUAGACCUGGCACUGGAUCUUUUUGCCUAUGGCUGCACCCAGGGCGAAGAAAGGAUGCCUUGUGUGAAUCAUCGCUGCCAUUCGUCUUGCGCAGCUUCAAUCGUCUCUUCCAAAUUCUUAUAUAUACCACUCUGAUGUCCGGUCCUCAGGCUCUUUUUUUCCUUCAUCAUCAUCUCGAACCAAAUCCAAUCUUGACUACUAUUAUCCAUCUAUACUCUCCUCCAAGCUCUAUUGUUAGCUUCGUGUCGUGUCUCUGAAUAUCUACUUCGUCUUCUAUACAAUUGCAACACUGCUGUAUCAGACCUGAUCAGAUCCAUCGUGACCACAGUUCUAUCUCUUGUGGUUAUUCUCCCUGCCAGUCUUAAAGCUACUCCAUUGAUACGUCGCGAUAUUCUGUGACCUCUUCCUGACCACCGGUCAACAACCCUACCUUACACAAUGUGCAUCUCUACGAACUACGGCGCCUCUCCUCUGGCCUCUGCCAUCCCGGCCGACAUCCCGAACUACCACGGCCACGGCUUGACUGAGCCCGUCAUGAACAGCUCGUCCAACCUCUACUUCUGCUGCCAGUGCAACGACGGGCCCAAACUCUACAGCAUCCAACCCCGGUGCGUGAAUUGCAACCACACCGUCUGCUCCAGUUGCCGUUCUGCCAAGUGAGUGGUGUGGCUGUUCUAGCUUGCUACCAUCUCUUCGUCAAGAUUCUGAGGCUGCGCCUUGAGUCCUGUGCUUGUAAUCUUCCUUUGAGCUUGGCUUUGGCCUUUGAUUGUGUUAUUUUGAGCGGCAUUGAAUCUAUUAUCGACAUGAAUUGGUAUGAAACGGUUAUGUGAAUGAUUGUUUGUUUUAUUGUUCUUUUUGCCUUGUUCUUUUUUUGUUCUUUUUCUUUCUGUUUUCUUUUGCUUUUUUUUUCUUUCUUUUUCCCUGUGAAACAAGAAUAUUGCAUUGGCAUGC